CAUGAAGGGCAGCUGUGAUAGAAAUUGGAAACGAGGAUCAUUUCGGAGCAAGACAAAAAGAAUAGAUAAUAUCCAAAUCCUGCACUCUCCAUUGUAUCGGUGCCCUUUUGUUUUGAAUUUUGAACCAAGAAAACGAUAGUAUGGCGAACGUGACGGAUCCUCUCAUCAAGUCCAUACAGGGCUCGGACCCCCAGAACCUGAUGGAGUACAUCACCCGGCAAAAGAUUUACGACAGCCGGUUUUGGAAGGAGCAAUGUUUUGGGUUGACGGUAGCGGACGUCAUGGAGCGAGCCGUCGAGACCCUGACCUGCGUCGGCGGAACAUACAGCGGGAUGGGGAAACCAACGAAAUUCUUGUCGCUGGUCCUGAAGCUCUUGCAGCUCCAGCCCGAUUAUGAACUCAUUCGAACCUUCCUUGAACAAACCCACUUCAAGUAUCUCAGGGCGCUGGGUGCCUUUUAUCUGAGACUGACCGGACGGCCUCAGGACAUUUACGAACUGCUGGAUCCCCUGUAUGCCGAUUAUUCCAAGCUGAAAUACCGUGGUGUCAACGAGUGGAAAUUGGUCCACCUCGAUGAAUUCGUAGACGAGCUCCUGACGAACUCCUUUUGCUGCGGAAUUGCCAUGCCUAGGCUUCCUGCGAGAGAGACACUCCAAGAGGCUGGAUACCUUGAAGAAGGCCCGCGGCGGACGGCUCUGCACGAUGCCUUGACACGGGCGGGAGGUAUCAAGGAAUAUCUAAGGAUCAAAGUCGACGAAGAAGCGAGCGCACGGAAGAGCGGGAUCAACGAUGCCGUUAAUGAUAGCGCUUUCGGUGGGGCCAUUUCGUUGUGGGAAAAGCGAUAUGGAAAACUCAAACCAAUCGAGCGGGGGGAAGACGAUGAAAAUGGAAACACGAAUGAGAACUUGGAAAGUACUAGAGAUAAUGAAGUCGUGGGGGGAGACAAUCACGAAACAGAAAGCGAACGCGGCACGGGUCAAAACAACAGUGAGGGACGACUAGGAAAACGAAAAGCCGCAGACACCGAUGCAGAUAGUGUGGAGGCAAAAAAGAAGAAAAAGAAAGAGAAGAAGAAAUCAUCAAAGUACGGUUCCUUGUUCAAAUCAUCUGCGGUGGACAGUUCCAAAAACAGUAAUUCUAUGCUUCCCAAGGACGAAGAAGGAACGCAAAGCAGCAAGUCCGUCGAUCAAAACAGUGAUGAAUACUGGAAUGAGCUGCGAUCGUCUUUGGGCAUGAAUCCAUUGAAGAAAUAGAUCUGUCUCGUACUUGAGUGCUCGAUCGGUCAAUUGUCGAUUGACUAUGAGUGCUAGCUGCACUGUACGUGUACGUGCAAAUGCAUUUGAACAGCGCAUGAGAAAAACUAUAGAAAAGACUAUUAAUAUUUUUCAACAUGUGGUUGUUUUUGGUUCCUAUGCUCUGUCUAGCAAAUCUGUACGGUACGUACCAUAUUCGAAAUCAAAAAGGCAGCAAAUGGGUAUCGUAGAGUCGUCAUCGUCGUUUGCAAAUGGGCAAAGAAGCUCGACGGGUGACAGCCUCUCAAAAUUCUCGGUGGCGAAAUAUUUUCGUAUUCGUUCUGGUAGUUGUUUGGCUUGUACGUACCGUACUUAUACAAUCUAGUGAACAGAUGAAACGGCCGGACAAGUAGUACGCAAUCAAAUGAAAGUGAUGAUGUGGCAACAAACAAUUUCAUAAAGUACACGGCCAUAGCUAAAACUAUGGCAUCCUACACGGAAAAAAUAUUUUUUUCGAAAAGUUACUGCUGUAUUGUUUUUUUUGUUACUUUGACCUAUUGUUACAUAUUACAGUGCUUUAAGAACUUGCGUCCCUUUGCUCAAAAAGUCAUCCAAGGUCAAACAGCUGGCACAAACAAAUCGAUAAACAGCGCAAAACAAAAUUGCACUCGACCAUGCCAACAACCUGAGAUGAAACUUUUCCUGGAGCAGUUGAUUUGCCACAUAUUCUGUCCGUAUUGCGACGGCAUACAGCAAUACUGGCGACCCGAGCUCGCCGCUCAUUCGGCGAUCUUUUUUGUACUUGUCGUCGACAAGUUUAAUGAUCAAAUCUACCACCAAUCGCCAUCACAAACGAUCUCACACUUUUCGUAUUGAUAGUAACCUCCAGAUUUUCCAGCCUUGCCUCCGUAUGGUUGUUGUCCUAGAUUUCUAGCUUUGCCUUUUGUCUUUCCGUAAUGUUUGCCUCCAUCGUGUCCGCUCUUUCCUCCCUUGCUUCCGUAGUAUCCGGGUCCAUAGUAUCCGUAGUUUUUGGGUCCAUAGUAUCCCUUUCCUCCCUUUCCUCCGUAGUAUCCAUAGUACUUGGGUCCAUCGUAUCCGUAGUUAAUGGGUCCGGGUCCGUAGUAUCCCUUUCCUCCCUUUCCUCCGUAGUAGUCACCUCCGUAUCCAUAGCAGACCUCGUAACAUCCUUCAGAAGGGUAGGCAGGUGGGUAGUAACCUCCGUACUUUCCACCGUCACACACAAUUUCGCACUUUUCAUAUCCAUAGGAUCCGGACUUUCCUCCCUUUCCUCCGUAGUAUUUCUUGCCGUAACCGGGUCCGUAGUAUCCGUAGUAUCCGGACUUUCCUCCCUUUCCUCCAUAGCCUCCUGAUCCGUAGCAUACCUCAUAACAGCCUUCGCCAUGGGAUGGGUAGGCAGGUGGGUAGGCAGGUGGAUAGGCAGGACCGCCACAGUCGCAGCCGUGUCCGUAGCCCUUGUAACCCUUUCCUCCCUUGUAACCCUUUCCUCCCUUGGCACCUUUUCC